GUAGAAUUUCCAAUCUUGUCUUGAACGCAACUCAGAAGUUACGCGAUGACGUCAUGUCCGUACGUCACUCCCACUCUCGGACGUCUCCUGCAUCUUCGGCGAGCUAAGUUGCUAAGUGCUGGCUAAGUCGCUAAAUGCUGCAGGAGCGGACAUCACAAACAUCAGCAGUCUUUGGUAGUAAGAAACAACAACAACAACAACAACAACAACAUUCUCUCGGGUGUCCGCGUCGGGCCGUCGGCAUGGCUCUGCAAGGCCCGCAGGAGCUCGGGCAGCCGGUGGAAGAGCCGGAGGAUGUGGACGACAACGACGCUAGUAGUGUCUCACCGGCCGAGGAGAUGACGCUGCCAGCCGGGCCUGGGGGCGACGAGGAGCCGGCGGGGACCGUGCUGCUGCCCUGGGACCGCUUCUCGGCCUGGCUGCACUGCAUCUGCGUGGUGGGCUUCGACCUGGAGCUGGGACAGGCUGUGGAGGUUAUUUACCCACACCAUUCCAAACUGUCAGAGAAGGAGAAAACGAGCAUCUGUUACCUUUCCUUUCCCGACUCCAACUCAGGUUGCCUCGGUGACACCCAGUUUUGCUUUCGCUUUCGCCAGGGUUCCAACAGGAAGUCGUCUCUGGGCUGCUUCCUGGAAACCAGCGACAGGGACGCGCCGCCCUGCCUUAAGCGGGAGCAGGGCCAUUAUUACGGCUACGUUUAUUUCCGUCAGGUGCGGGACAAGUCGCUGAAGAGAGGAUACUUCCAGAAGUCUCUGGUCCUGAUCAGUAAGCUGCCCUAUGUGACAUUCUUCCACUCCCUGUUGAAGAUCAUGGCUCCAGAAUAUUUUGAGAAACAGGAACCGUGUCUGGAGGCUGCCUGCAACGACAUCGACCGUUGGCCGACGCCUCACCCUGGAAGAAUCCUCACGCUGCCGAUUAUGGGCGUGGUCAUCAGGGUGCGCAUCCCCACCUGUUACGACAAACCCGGAACGACACAGUUGGUCCAGUCUGCUCAGUGUGACAGUCUGGUGUCCAUUGUGCUGCCCACCAUCCAUGAAGUGGACCUCUUCAGAUGUUUCUUUCCAGUCUUCUUCCACAUCCAGAUGCUGUGGGAGCUGGUGUUGCUGGGAGAAGCGCUCGUUGUCAUGGCGCCAUCUCCGGCCGAGUCCUCGGACACCGUACUGGCGCUUGCCAGCUGCAUCUCUCCUCUUCGUUACUGCAGCGACUUCCGGCCUUACUUCACCAUCCACGACAACGAGUUUAAGGAGUACACCACCCGGACGCAGGCUCCGCCCUCAGUCAUCCUGGGGGUGACAAACCCCUUCUUUGCUAAAACGCUGCAGCAUUGGCCGCACAUUAUCCGCAUCGGCGACAUGAAGCAAGCAGGAGAGAUGGCCAAGCAGAUGAAAGUCAAGAAGCUGAAGAACCUGAAAACUCUUGACUCUAAACCCGGUGUGUACACUGCUUACAAGCCUUUUCUCAACAAAGAUGAGGAAAUUAUCAAGCAGCUCCAGAAGGGUGUUCAGCAGAAGAGACCCUCUGCAGCCCAGAAUGCGAUCCUGCGACGGUACUUUCUAGAACUGACGCAGAGCUUCAUCAUUCCCUUGGAGCGCUACGUGGCCAGUCUCAUGCCGCUCCAGAAGUCCAUCAGCCCGUGGAAGAGUCCUCCUCAGCUGCGACCGUUCGUCCAGCAGGACUUCAUGAAGACUCUGGAGAAGGCGGGACCGCAGCUCACGUCCAGGCUCAAGGGGGACUGGAUUGGACUGUACAGGCACUUCCUCAAAUCCCCCAACUUUGACGGCUGGUUCCGCAACAGGAGGAAGGAGAUGACCCAGAAGCUGGAGGCCCUGCACCUGGAGGCGCUGAGCGAGGAGGACCUGCAGGAGAGAGUCCAGAAGCACUCGGAGGUGGAGACGGUGGAUCUGAUCUUGAAGUUGAAAGACAAACUGAGCCAGGCGGAGAGGGAGCGUCUGCCCGUGCGACCCGGCACCGUGGCCAAGCUGAGAGCUCACAUGGAGGGCAUCAUCUUGUCCUUGCCAGAGGACCUGCAGGGCAUCCUCCACAAGCCCUCCACACCGUGACCUUUGACCCGCCUCCGCCACGCCUCUCCACAGGUGCGGCCUCCUUGUUCUCGGAACGACGCGGGAACGGCACAUUUUAUUUCCACUGCACAGGCCCCUGAUCCCGCGUGGCCACCGUGUGACCACCACCGUGUGACCACCACCGUGUGACCACCACCGUGUGACCACCACCGUGUGACCACCACCGUGUGACCACCACCGUGUGACCACCACGUGACGGCAACUCGAGAGGCUGGACCUCCUCGCAACAAAAGGAAGACGUUUGGGUCAGAACUUUUGCUUACUUGCAAUGUUUUUAACCACUUUUUGUUUGUAUUUUUCUUUUGUACUUUUUUUAACCGGCAGUCUAGUGGAGCUGCACUUUUUAAAGUACUUUUUUAAAAACACACUAUUGACACACACACACACACUAACUGGCCGCAGAAACGAAAGCCUUGUAUCUGAAUAGCUAAACAUGGGGUCAACAACAACAACAACAACAACAACACGCACGCAGCUGAUUCAGCACCAGAGAUUCAAGUCGCUUCCGGAUCCGCCAAUAGCGCUCCUGAUUCCAUGUCACAUGACCUCCUCGCAGCCUCUUCACGCGUGUUGCGAACAGCGUUUCGAUUUGAAGACCUGGUCUUUGACUACGGAUGUAAAGUGUAAGCUUUGGACUGAGCUGAUGGAACACUUUUCAACCCUUUGAAAUGAAAAGGGCGGGAAAUCAACUGGAGUUUUUAACAGUCCAUUUUUUAAAAGCCCAUCUCCACAAACACAAUAAUAAACAAAAUAUACCAUAAAUACUCAAAUUUUCGCCGAGGUGUUGCUUUUUAGGGACCGCAAUGUCCCUUUGGGAGAGAGGACACUAUUGUUAUUGUUACGUUUUAUUUCUUUAUUAUUAUUCCGCCGCCUCUUUGAGCUGUAAUUUGACCCCCUUAACAUGCUUUAAAACUCACCAAACUGGACACACACAUCAGGACUGGCGAAAAUUCCAAUGUAAUUAAAAAAAAAAAAAAAAAACUCAAAAUUGCGCUCUAACACAGAAAAAACACAGACAAAACUGGUUGUAACUGCCGGUAAGAAUGUCGUAGAGACAUGAAACAAAAACCUCUAUGUAGGUCUGACUUAGACCUAGAUUUCAUACAUUGACAUUCUUUAGCAAAAAUCAACAGGAAGUUGGCAAUUCCCCCUUCAGAACAAAAUCCCCCCUUCAGAACAAAAGUUCACUUUUGCCUCUUUGAGCUAGAAUUUGACCCCCUUAACAUGCUUCAAAACUCACCAUAUUUGACACACACAUCAGGACUGGCGAAAAUUGCGAUGUAAUAAAAAAAACAACUCAAAUUUGCGCUCUAGCACCCCCUAGGAAAAAACACAGACAAAACUGCUUAUAACUUCCGGUAAGAAUGUCGUAGAGACAUGAAACAAAAACUUCUAUGUAGGUCUGACUUAGACCUAGAUUUCAUACAUUGACAUCCUUCAGCAAAAAUCAACAGGAAGUUGGCAAUUCCCCCUUCAGAACAAAAGUUUACUAAAAACAGUCACUUUUGCCUCUUUGAGCUAUAAUUUGACCCCCUUAACAUGCUUCAAAACUCACCAAACUGGACACACACAUCAGGACUGGCGAAAAUUGCGAUCUAAUAAAAAAAGCAAACCCCAAAACUCAAAAUUGCGCUUUAGCGCCCCCUAGUAAAAAACACAGACAAAACUGCUUGUAACUUCCGGUAAGAAUGUCGUAGAGACAUGAAACAAAAACCUCUAUGUAGGUCUGACUUAGACCUAGAUUUCAUACAUUGACAUCCUUCAGCAAAAAUCAACAGGAAGUUGGCAAUUCCCCCUUCAGAACAAAAGUUUACUAAAAACAGUCACUUUUGCCUCUUUGAGCUAUAAUUUGACCCCCUUAAAAUGCUUCAAAACUCACCAUAUUUGACACACACAUCAGGACUGGCGGAAAUUGCGAUGUAAUAAAAAAAACCAAACCCCAAAACUCAAAAUUGCGCUCUAGCGCCCCUUAGGAAAAAACACAGACAAAACUGCUUGUAACUUCCGGUAAGAAUGUCGUAGAGACAUGAAACAAAAACCUCUAUGUAGGUCUGACUUAGACCUAGAUUUCAUACAUUGACAUCCUUCAGCAAAAAUCAACAGGAAGAUGGCAAUUCCCCCUUCAGAACAAAAGUUUACUAAAAACAGUCACUUUUGCCUCUUUGAGCUAUAAUUUGACCCCCUUAACAUGCUUCAAACUGGACACACACAUCAGGACUGGCGAAAAUUGCGAUGUAAUAAAAAAAGCAAACCCCAAAACUCAAAAUCGCGCUCUAGCGCCCCCUAGGAAAAAUCAACAGGAAGUUGGCAAUUCCCCCUUCAAAACAAAAGUUUACUAAAAACAGUCACUUUUGCCUCUUUGAGCUGUAAUUUGACCCCCUUAACAUGCUUCAAAACUCACCAAACUGGACACACACAUCAGGACUGGCGAAAAUUGCGAUCUAAUAAAAAAAGCAAACCCCAAAACUCAAAAUUGCGCUCUAGUGCCCCCUAGGAAAAAUCAACAGGAAGUUGGCAAUUCCCCCUUCAGAACAAAAGUUUACUAAAAACAGUCACUUUUGCCUCUUUGAGCUAUAAUUUGACCCCCUUAACAUGCUUCAAACUGGACACACACAUCAGGACUGGCGAAAAUUGCGAUGUAAUAAAAAAAGCAAACCCCAAAACUCAAAAUUGCGCUCUAGCGCCCCCUAGGAAAAAUCAACAGGAAGUUGGCAAUUCCCCCUUCAAAACAAAAGUUUACUAAAAACAGUCACUUUUGCCUCUUUGAGCUGUAAUUUGACCCCCUUGACAUGCUUCAAAACUCACCAAACUGGACACACACAUCAGGACUGGCGAAAAUUGCGAUCUAAUAAAAAAAGCAAACCCCAAAACUCAAAAUUGCGCUCUAGUGCCCCCUAGGAAAAAUCAACAGGAAGUUGGCAAUUCCCCCUUCAAAACAAAAGUUUACUAAAAACAGUCACUUUUGCCUCUUUGAGCUGUAAUUUGACCCCCUUGACAUGCUUCAAAACUCACCAAACUGGACACACACAUCAGGACUGGCGAAAAUUGCGAUCUAAUAAAAAAAGCAAACCCCAAAACUCAAAAUUGCGCUCUAGUGCCCCCUAGGAAAAAUCAACAGGAAGUUGGCAAUUCCCCUUUCAAAACAAAAGUUUACUAAAAACAGUCACUUUUGCCUCUUUGAGCUGUAAUUUGACCCCCUUAACAUGCUUCAAAACUCACCAAACUGGACACACACAUCAGGACUGGCGAAAAUUGCGAUCUAAUAAAAAAACCAACCCCAAAACUCAAAAUUGCGCUCUAGUGCCCCCUAGGAAUAAAACACAGACAAAACUGCCCCUAGGAAGAAAACAGACAAAACUGCCUGUAACUUCCAGUAGGAAUGUCGUAGAGACAUGAAACAAAAACCUCUAUAUAGGUCUCACUUAGACCUACAUUUCAUACACUGACAACCCCCAGCAAAAAUCAACAGAAAGUUUGCAAUUCCCCCUUCAAAACAAAAGUUUUGUAAAAAACGGUCACCUUUUUUCUAACGUUAUCUCCUCUGAGCGCGUUUGUCGUGUCGGCUUCAAACUAGCACAGGAGAGAGAUUGAACCCUUCUGAUUAAAAGUUGACCAAAGCGUUUUAAUUACUGCUCCGGUUUGGAUUUGAUGUGCCGUCAACGUCGGUCCCGUCCAUCGCUGCUUUAAUUUGACUUAAUCUCUCUCAUAAACUUGUUUUUUAACUUGGAGAAAGAUUAGGAGUAUGUGCAGGUCUCAAGCUGUGGUGUGGGUUCCAAGGACCACUAAGCACAGACAUUCUUGCGAGCAGGUGUAGACUUCUUUAUUUUUCAAUAAGAAAAAGUCUCUUGCGGGUUGCUUUUCAGCUCUGCCGCUUCCACUGCUCGCUCCUCGGCUCGCUUUCCAGCCUUCCGUGUCGUCCGCGUCGGCCUCUCGCUCUCUUGUUGCCGUUCGCUCUCCAACUCCUUCUGCCCCGUCGUUCUCGGCUGCCGCCCUUUUACCCACUGGGAGGGGAUUACUCAAUUGUGCCCAGGUGCGCGAUCCACGCACCUGAUCUUGUUUGCGGCGUCGAACCCGGCGCGCCGUCCACGCCUCCUCGCCGCCAUCUUGCCUCGCUGUCGGACUGCCGGCCCCGCCUCUCCACAGAGUAGAUUUCUUUAAGCACACGGUCAUUUAGGACCAAGUAUUCUGCACACGGCAUCAGCAACACAAGCAAUGUUGCAAUAAUACUGCUGAUGAGGUCAUCGUACACAGGUGCAAAGCUGCAUAGCUAACGCUGCUGGAUGCUAACCACUUGUGAUGCGUUAAAUACAGCUCUUGUGGAGGUCAUUUAAAAAACAGUAUCAGGAGGUUGCCUACAGCCACAGCCGUUGAUGCCCACCUUUUCUGACUCCAGUUUUGGUAAUAUUCCAAUCUUAAUGUGUUUGCUAAAGCAUGACGGCCACAUUUGACUUACCGCGGGUGUUGAAAGUGCGGUUAAAGUGCGAGACCAUUUUGUGGCGCCGCAGCUCAUUUUUUAACGGCCCGCGGAACAUUUUAAACAUAAGAUUGAUUUUUUUUUUUAAAAAGGGGGGGGCGAUAAAAAAUAAAAUAGGUGUAAAUGAAAGGGAAAAAGUCGCAGUUCUUAUUUAUCCUGAUUCUAAAUAGAUGAAUAGUUUUCCAAAUCCAUUCAAAAGAAAAUUCAAUCAAAAACAUACAAUUCUUUAAAAAAGGGGAAAUAAUACAUGAAAUAGGUGUAAUUUACGAGAAAUAGUUGUAAAGGUGCACUUUUUUUUAUUUAUUUAUAUGCAAAUCGCAAUUCUUAUUUAUCUCGAUUCUAAAUUUAUUCAUAAUUUUCAAAAACAACUUUAAAAAAACACAUAUAUAUGCAUAUAUAUAUAUACAUACAUACAUAUAUAUGUGUGUAUAUAUAUAUAUAUAUGUAUGUAUAUAUAUAUAU